AUGGACCUCUCCCAACCAACACGUGGAACACGACAACAACAUUCCCGUCGCCGUACUCUCUUGACCUUGCGUAACAUCCGUUCUCUCUUCCAACGCAUCCAAGAGGGCGUUCGCUCGCGUCUGCACCUCCCUCUUCCAACCACAACUCCCAUCGAGGACACUCCCAGAGACAUUACUGGUGACUUUGAUCCAGUUGUUUCUGGUUUGUCCAGCCCCAACCUUUCAAGCAGCCCGAUACAGCAGCCCUUCGCCAUCGGCACCUUCGUCAUGUCAUCUUCCAGAAACACAAGACGUGCCACCGGCCAACUGCGCAGAUUCGACGAGAGUCCUCUGGAACAUGCUAUUCGCAGAUCCCGACGCGUCGCUGGAGAGGCUCCAGAAUCGGGCCCCUACCAGCCUCCACCUCGUCGUCCACCACGCCAAGAAGCAGCAUACUCACGACAUCUUGCUCAACCUGAGACAACACCUCACCCUCCGCCACCAUCUUCGACCUUCACUUUCUCUCGUCUUGAUCCACCUGUUCCUUUCCCCGGCUUUAGUUCUGUCAGGCUCUCUUCCACAAACACACCGCAUAGUCCAGCUCAACCUUCACACGUUCAUUCGUCGUUACAAUCAUCCAUGACUCAUCCCGUCGAUCCACGUCAAGCCGCCACCUCGGACGCACACUUGCAGGGCCUUUCAAGCGUGCAACCUCCUGUCAAGGUUGAAGAUCUCCCUCCGCGCAAAGUCGACCACAUCAAAAGAGAAUGUGAAAUCUGCUGUGAAGCGGACGAAGCUCCUGUACUCCAGCCAUGUCGCCUCUGUCCUACCUCAUACUGCGGAGACUGUAUCAGAAGCAUGUUCUUGGACGCCACUCGCGAUUCGACUUCGAUGCCACCCAGAUGCUGCACCAUUCUUUCAACUAGAGUUGCUCUUGACUUUCUUUCCACCGCCGAAGCUGAUGCAUAUCGUCUCAAGUUUGAGGAAUGGGCCUCGACCAAGAAGACGUACUGUCCAGUUCCCAAAUGUUCACGCUUCAUUCCAGAUCGUGCAGUUCUAUCACCACCCUCUGCCGAUCCAGUCACCCUCUGGAGUCUUGUAAAACGAGAACUUCCCGCCAUCCUAACAAAGCUACAACAAGAACCCUGUGCGAGAUAUUUCAUGGAUGCCACAUCUGCAGCCCACGCUACCCGGGAUUGGAAAUAUUCCAGCAGGAUGGUCUGGCUCAGCGAUAUCUCCGCAAAGAUCUCACGCUACUCCAACAUGGCCGAGUUUGUCAUUGACUUCAAUCGACUCUACUCCAGUGGUCGCCAUAUGUCUCCGGCGGCCUCCAGUUUUGCUGAGGUUCUGCGAAGACACUUGUGGAAAGAGGUUGGCAAAAUCAAGACCCAAGCCAACAGCAGAUUCACAGUUCUGCCCGCUGCUGCUUGUUUUUCUUGUCCGGGUUGUCACAUCGGGAUCUGUCCCAGCUGUAAACAGGUUGCCCAUUCUGGACAGCCUUGUGAUACCGCUGCUCAAGAUCAUGAGCUUGCGAUGCUCGAGACAUAUGGUUACAAGAAAUGCCCGCGUUGUGGCCAUGGUGUGAAGAGAAUGUAUGGGUGUCGCCAUAUGCAGUGUCGUUGUGGCGCUCACUGGUGUUGGGGUUGUCUCCGUCCACUCGACGAGUGUGAUGGAGGUUGUGAUUCGCCUGACUCUGGAAGCGAAGACGGGGAUUACAGUGAUGAAGAGCUUGAUNNCCCGCCCUUCCCUCAGCCUAAUAUCAUUCCUCCAAGGGCACAAGAUGGUGAGCAGAGUGCGACAACGAUUGUCCACCCUCCCGCAGUUGCCUCUGCUCCAGAUAAUGUCUCAACCACAGCAAGACAAUCAACAAUCGCUGCAGCAGAAACAGUCCGUCCUAGUCUCGCCGAACGCCCAGUCGACCUUGACACAGGUGGUCGUCGUGUUUGGGAAGCUUCAGGCGCUUUCUUUGGUGAAGAGCCAGACGACGGCUACCAUAGUACAAUAUGGUCUUGCUUGCACGUCUUCAAACCUGCACAACUUUCUGAGGAAGCAUUCAAGAGGGGCGUACCGCUUAGUACAGAGUGCUUCCGCUGCUUCUACAGGACUUACGCAACUGUCAAAAAAUCGGCUUCUGAUCAUUCGUCCAAAUCUAAGGACUCGGUAGAGAACAAACACAAGCACACGGCGGAAGAAGAUGUGGCUUGGCAGUGUGAUUUCUGCGAGAUGUCACUAUGUGGUGUCUGCAAGAACGAUGUGAUGAGUGAACGAGGUUUAUGA